CCGUCGCCGUCUCAACCGUGAAGACGUGUAUACGCGUCGAGCCAAACCCGAAAAAAAAACGUUGCGUGAAAUUUAAAUAAAAAAAAUUAAACAAUAAAUAAAUAAAACAAAACUGUUUAUAUUUGACUGCGAAAUGGUUGCGGAUAUCCAAAAAUAUUCACCGAAGAUGAAACCAGUUGGUGAGGUGACUGGGUUCGACGCGAUGGAUAAGCUGGAGGCGUUGGGAGAGUCGCAGAUCGGGAAAAUGUUCGCUGGAACCACGGUGUUGCUGACCGGGGGCACGGGGUUCCUGGGGAAGCUGAUGGUCGACAAACUUUUGAGAUGCUGUCCGGAUUUAAAAAAGCUGUUCUUACUGGCGAGACCAAAGAAAAAUAAAGAUAUCGCGAAAAGGCUGCAGGAACAGUUUGAUGACGUGCUAUACGACAAGCUAAGGAAGGAGAGACCGAAUUUUAUAGAGAAAAUAUGUAUAGUCGAGGGAGAUGUAGGCGCUAUCAACCUUGGACUCAGUCAAGAGGAUCGAACGAAAAUCGCUAAUGAGGUUGAAUUUAUCUUCCACGGAGCCGCCACCGUGAGGUUCGACGAGGCUCUGAAGACAGCCGUGGAGAUAAACGUGCGGGGCACCAGAGAGAUGUGUAUUUUGGCCAGAUCCUGUGGGAAGCUGAAGGCUCUAGUUCACAUUUCGACCGCAUACAGUAACUGCACCUUAAUGGAGAUCGAAGAGAGAUUCUACGAGAGCUCCCUCCCUGGUGACAAACUCAUUGAUCUGGUGGAAACUAUGGACGAGAAGGUUAUAAACAGCAUCACUCCCGGUUUACUGGGGGAUUUCCCGAAUACGUAUGCGUAUACGAAAUCUGUGGCCGAAGACGUGGUGCAGAAAUACUCGAAGGGUCUUCCGGUGGCUUUGUUCAGGCCGUCCAUAGUAAUUGGAACAGCCAAAGAACCAGUCGCUGGGUGGAUAGACAACGUUUAUGGACCUACAGGGGUUGUGGUAGGAGCCGCAGUGGGUCUUCUUCAUGCUCUGAUCUGCAAGCCAAACGCGGUAGCUGACUUGGUCCCCGGAGAUAUGGUUGUGAACGCUUGCAUAGCGACCGCCUGGAAGACAGCCAAAGACUACCCGGGCAACCACGAGGACGCUCCACCCCCGGACCUGACGCCACCAGUUUACAACUUUGUUUCCUCAACACAGAAGCCCCUGACCUGGAGUAAAUUCAUGAAAUACAAUGAGAUAUAUGGCCUCGAAGUGCCCACGGUGCAAGCGAUUUAUUACUACGUGUUUAUGUUGACGUCUUCUCGUUUCGCCUACACCCUGUACUGUUUCUUCCUGCACUGGAUCCCGGCCUACAUCAUCGAUGGAGUGGCUGUGCUGAUCGGCAAAAAGCCAAUGCUAAGGAAAGCGUAUACGAAGAUAAGCAAAUUCUCCGAAGUCAUAUCGUAUUUCGCGACGCGCGAGUGGAAAUUCCACAGCGGCAACACGGAGGGUCUGGUGCGGGAGCUGUGCCCGGCAGACCGGCAGACGUUCGACUUUGAUUUGUCGCGGCUCGACUGGAGCGAAUACUUCUACAACUACGUGAGGGGCGUCCGGGUGUACCUGCUCAAGGACCCGGUGGAAACAGUACCGGCCGGCCUCAGGAGGCAUAACAUACUGAAGUACUCGCACUAUAUCUUCUGUGCUGUAUUAACGUUUGUGCUGGUCAGACUGUUGUGGGCCGCGUGGAGUCUUUUAGACCUUUAAAUGUAAGCCGGCGAUGUAUCGAGAAGCGUUAUGUAAUGUGCGCGAAGGGGCGUCGACCCGAGCGUCGGAUGUUCGUGUUACAUUGCUUGCAGGAAAUGUUUG